AUGUUUAAUGCCUUUGCAGCCCACUCCACUGUCAAGGAGCGCUGUAUUGGCGAUUACCUCCUCCUGCACACCAUCGGCAAGGGAUGCUAUGCCGAGGUGCGGGUGGCCCAGCAUUUGCUGACCGGGGCACAGGUGGUUGUAAAAGCCAUUAAAAGGGAGGGCAUCUCUAGAUUUUUUCAAGAAGUCCAUUGUUUUAAGAGCUUAAAUCACCCAAAUAUCACACAAUUAUUUGAGGUGAUUGCCACCCAGGACAAGUUUUUUCUUAUUAUGGAGCAUGUGAGUGGAGGGGACUUACUUGAACACUUGGAGAAGUAUGGCCACAUGAACGAGGGAGAAGCCCGCGCCGUGUUCCGCCAGGUAGUAUCUGCGGUCCAGUACUGCCACCAGAGGGGCAUCAUCCACAGGGACCUGAAACCAGACAACAUUCUCAUAGAUGGUGAUAUGACCGUUAAAUUAGCAGACUUCGGUUUUAGUAGGGAAGUGAGCGACAAUAAACAGAACACCUUCUGUGGCACCAUCUGCUAUUCGGCCCCAGAGAUCUUGCAGCGUCAUACCUAUGAUGGCCGCAAAACUGAUGUAUGGAGCCUGGGGGUAGUCUUGUACAGGAUGCUGACAGGGGUGGCACCGUUUGAGGGGGACAACUUUGUGAACGUGAAGAGGCAGAUAGUAAGUGGACAUUUCUAUGUACCACACUUUAUGUCAAGGGAGGUUCAAAAACUUUUAAGAAAAUUACUCACUGUCAACCCUAGCCAAAGGCCGACCCUGGAAGAUGUAAUGAAGGACCCCUGGCUCAACAAGGGUGAGGAGGAGCAGCUGAGGCCAUACAGCGAGCCGCCCUGGGGUGAGUUGCACCCACAGGUAAUAGAAAUCAUGCAGAGCCUCGGCUUUAAGCAGGAUGACAUCCAGGAGUCAGUAACACAAAGAAAAUUUGACAGAGCAAUGGGCACAUACCUGAUCCUUAUAAUGAUGAAAACCAAGAUGCCAGGCCGCAAAAUCAGGGCAUUCUCUGCACGGGAUCCACAUCAGGAGGGUAUCCAGCAGCGCCGUGGUCUUCAGAAGCAUCUUAUCCAAAUGCCUGCGGAGCUUGUAGGACUGCUUGCAGCUCCCAGAGGUCAAGAGGAGAGACUUCCCUCACUGUGGGUCCAUCCCUCAGCCCCCACCUGAAUGAGA